GGGUAAUGUAGUCCUUUGUUGUCUGGGCUGGGGAUGACGAAGGCGGAGCAAGGGGCGUACUCCUCGUCCCCGAUCGCGUCAAUCAUGAGCACGGGGCGGAGCGGGAGGACCAAGCGCCCGAGUACGUCCUGCCCCGCCGGAAGUGAAGCCCCUGCCCGGAUGGCAGCAGUAGUUAUAGGGGGAGACACCAUGGGCCCCGAGCGUAUCUUCCCCAACCAGACUGAGGAACUAGGGCCACAUCAGGGCCCUACGGAAGGCACUGGGGAUUGGAGCAGCGAGGAGCCUGAGGAAGAGCAGGAGGAAACGGGGGCAGGCCCAGCUGGCUACUCCUAUCAGCCCCUGAACCAAGAACCUGAACAAGAGGAGGUGGAGCUGGCACCGGUGGGGGAUGGAGAAGAUGUAGUUGCUGAUAUUCAGGAUCGGAUCCAGGCCCUGGGGCUUCAUUUGCCAGACCCACCACUAGAGAGCGAGGAUGAAGAGGAGGAGGGAGCUACAGGAUUGAGCAACCACAGCUCUAUUCCCAUGGACCCGGAACAUGUGGAGCUAGUGAAAAGGACGAUGGCUGGAGUAAGCCUGCCUGCGCCAGGAGUUCCGGCCUGGGCUCGGGAGAUAUCAGAUGCCCAGUGGGAAGAUGUGGUACAGAAGGCCCUCCAAGCCCGGCAGGGGGUCCCAGCCUGGAAGUGACUAGCCUGAGAGCUGCCUUAUCCCCUUGCAUUCCAGGCCAGAACCAGCACAGGACUGAACACAUCCCUGGUUGUAACGUCCAUCUCCAUCUUUCUCAUCUCCCUUUCCACAUCAAGGCAAAUCAAGACUUCUUCUCAGAGACCCACUUUAUUCAGUUCUGUACAUAUGGGGACAUCGGCCCAAGCCCAACCCAUCUUAGCAUGUAUCACUCUGUGGAGAAUAAAGCACCCUAUGUACACAGCCAAAA